AGAAGACAGAUGAUGUUUCAGAGAAAACUUCUCUAGCUGAUCAGGAGGAACUGAGAACUAUAUUCAUCAAUCAGCCCCAGCUAACCAAAUUCUGCAAUAAUCAUGUCAGCACUGCGAAGUACAACAUAAUCACAUUCCUGCCAAGGUUCCUUUAUUCCCAGUUCAGAAGAGCUGCUAAUGCAUUUUUUCUUUUUAUUGCGUUACUUCAGCAAAUACCAGAUGUAUCACCAACAGGCCGUUACACAACAUUGGUCCCUCUCUUAUUUAUUUUAGCUGUAGCUGCAGUGAAGGAGAUAAUAGAGGAUAUUAAAAGGCAUAAAGCUGAUAAUGCGGUGAACAAGAAACAAACUCAAGUACUACGAAACGGUGCAUGGGAGAUUGUCCACUGGGAAAAGGUGGCAGUAGGGGAAGUAGUGAAAGUGACCAAUGGGGAACAUCUCCCAGCUGAUCUCAUCAGUCUGUCAUCAAGUGAACCACAAGCUAUGUGCUACAUUGAAACAUCUAACUUAGAUGGUGAGACAAACCUAAAAAUUCGACAGGGUUUGCCACUAACAUCAGACAUAAAGGACAUAGAAAGCUUGAUGAGACUUUCAGGCAGAAUUGAAUGUGAGAGCCCAAACCGACAUCUCUAUGACUUUGUUGGAAACAUCAGACUGGAUGGGCAUGGUACUGUUCCACUGGGAUCUGAUCAGAUUCUUCUACGAGGAGCUCAGCUGAGAAAUACUCAGUGGGUUCACGGGAUAGUUGUCUAUACGGGACAUGACACAAAACUUAUGCAGAAUUCAACAAGUCCACCUCUUAAAAUGUCUAAUGUGGAACGAAUUACGAAUAUUCAGAUUUUGAUUCUGUUCUGCAUCCUUAUUGCCAUGUCUUUGAUCUGCUCUAUUGGUUCAGCUAUAUGGAAUCGAAGGCAUACUGGAAGAGACUGGUAUCUCGAUCUAAAUUAUGGUGGAGCAAGCAACUUUGGAUUGAAUUUCUUGACUUUUAUCAUUCUCUUCAAUAACCUUAUUCCAAUCAGUUUGUUGGUUACGCUUGAAGUUGUUAAAUUUAUCCAGGCAUAUUUCAUAAAUUGGGACAUAGACAUGCAUUAUGAACCUACAGACACUGCUGCUAUGGCUCGUACUUCCAAUCUCAACGAAGAACUUGGACAGGUCAAAUACAUAUUUUCUGACAAAACGGGUACCCUGACAUGCAAUGUCAUGCAAUUUAAGAAGUGUACUGUAGCAGGAGUUGCUUAUGGCCAUUGCCCUGAGCCUGAGGAUUAUAGUGUUCCUUCAGAUGAUUGGCAGGGCUCACAAAAUGGAGAAGAAAAAACAUUUAGUGACUCAUCCUUACUGGAGAAUCUUCAAAGCAAUCAUCCAACUGCACCUAUAAUAUGUGAGUUUUUGACAAUGAUGGCAGUGUGUCAUACAGCAGUUCCAGAAAGAGAAGGUGAUAAAAUUAUAUAUCAAGCAGCAUCUCCAGAUGAAGGAGCAUUGGUUAGAGCAGCCAGGCAUCUUCGUUUUGUAUUCACUGGAAGGACACCUGACUCAGUAAUCAUAGAGUCUUUGGGACAGGAAGAGAGAUAUGAACUGCUAAACGUCCUGGAAUUUACAAGUGCUAGGAAGAGAAUGUCAGUGAUAGUUCGCACGCCAUCGGGAAAGUUAAGACUCUACUGCAAAGGAGCUGAUACUGUAAUUUAUGACCGUCUUGCUGAAAGUUCAAAAUACAAAGAAAUCACCUUAAAACAUCUAGAGCAGUUUGCUACAGAAGGCUUAAGAACUCUGUGUUUUGCUGUGGCUGAGAUUUCAGAAGGUGAUUAUCAAGAGUGGUUAGAUGUCUACCACCGUGCUUCGACAGCUAUACAAAACAGAGCACUCAAACUUGAGGAGAGCUAUGAACUAAUUGAAAAAAAUCUUCAGCUGCUUGGAGCAACAGCAAUUGAAGAUAAACUACAAGACAAAGUGCCUGAAACUAUAGAGACGCUCAUGAAAGCAGACAUAAAAAUUUGGAUACUUACUGGGGACAAACAAGAAACUGCCAUUAACAUCGGUCACUCCUGUAAACUUUUGAGAAAGAACAUGGGACUAAUUGUUAUAAAUGAAGGCUCUCUAGAUGGAACAAGAGAUACACUUAGCCAUCAUUGCAGCACUCUCGGUGAUGCUUUAAGGAAGGAAAAUGAUUUUGCUCUCAUCAUUGAUGGUAAAUCUUUGAAGUAUGCUUUGACAUUUGGAGUGAGACAGUAUUUCCUGGAUUUGGCUUUGUCAUGUAAAGCUGUUAUUUGUUGCAGGGUAUCACCACUUCAAAAAUCUGAAGUUGUAGAAAUGGUUAAAAAACAGGUUAAGGUAGUAACUCUAGCAAUUGGUGAUGGAGCAAAUGAUGUUAGUAUGAUACAAACAGCACAUGUUGGUGUUGGUAUUAGUGGGAAUGAAGGUCUACAGGCUGCUAAUUCUUCAGACUACUCAAUUGCUCAGUUCAAGUAUUUGAAGAACUUGUUGUUGGUGCAUGGAGCCUGGAAUUAUAACAGAGUAGCUAAAUGCAUCUUGUAUUGUUUCUACAAGAAUAUAGUCCUGUAUAUUAUUGAGAUCUGGUUUGCAUUUGUCAAUGGCUUUUCUGGACAAAUUCUUUUUGAAAGAUGGUGUAUAGGUCUUUACAAUGUGAUGUUUACAGCAAUGCCUCCACUAACUCUUGGAAUAUUUGAGAGAUCCUGCCGAAAAGAAAACAUGCUGAAAUAUCCUGAGUUAUACAAGACUUCCCAAAAUGCACUGGACUUCAAUACUAAGGUUUUCUGGGUCCAUUGUUUAAAUGGCCUCUUCCACUCAUUCAUUCUGUUUUGGUUUCCACUAAAAGCCCUCCAGCAUGGUACCGUAUUCGGCAAUGGUAAAACUUCAGACUACCUGCUCCUGGGGAACACUGUAUACACUUUCGUGGUUCUAACUGUGUGUUUGAAGGCUGGAUUAGAAACCUCAUAUUGGACUUUGUUCAGCCAUAUAGCUAUCUGGGGCAGCAUAGCACUUUGGGUAGUGUUUUUUGGAAUCUACUCUUCUUUGUGGCCAGUCAUUCCUAUGGCACCUGAUAUGUCAGGAGAGGCAGCUAUGAUGUUCAGCUCUGGAGUGUUUUGGAUGGGACUUCUAUGUAUUCCUAUGACAGCUUUACUUUUUGAUGUAGUAUACAAAGUAGUAAAGAGAGCUACUUUUAAGACACUGGUAGAUGAAGUUCAGGAGUUGGAAGCAAAGUCUGAGGAUCCUGGGGCAGUUGUGCAUGGCAAGAGCUUAACUGAAAGAGCCCAGUUACUGAAGAAUGUUUUUAAGAAGAACCAUGUGAACUUGUAUCGCUCUGACUCUCUGCAGCAAAACUUGCUUCAUGGCUACGCCUUCUCUCAAGAUGAAAAUGGAAUAGUUUCCCAGUCUGAAGUAAUAAGAGCUUACGAUACCACAAAACAAAGGCCUGAGGAAUGGUGAAGGAGCACAGCUCAGUAUUUAGGCCUUAGUAGCUACUUACUUUUGUGAGACAGACUGCUAGAUCUUUGCUGGGAGCUGCAACCAUGGCCCAGUUAUCAGAGAUUUAAAGAUCUGUGAUGGUCUUGUUCCAUAAAGUUUGGAUUUGUGUAAUCAGUAGACGUAAGCACUGUGCAACUAUACUGUAACACACCAUCUCUAAAUUUUUUAACAAGUAUUUGCUUAGCCUUUGUAAACAGAUUGGAAUUUACCUUGUAUCUUGCCAGCUUGCUUAUUUAUGAUGAAGUUGAAUCAAUACUGGUCAUAUACUCAGAAGGCAAUGGUCAGAUCGCUAAACAUACUCUACAUUGACAGACCAUUAGCAUCUGUGAAGGUUUUUAAGUGUUAAUAUAUAUUUAAAUACAGUUGACAACAAGCCUUUGAUUUCAACAAGUGCUAAAAAAAAUAGUAUUGUAAUGGUGUUAAUUCACCUUCUUUGAGAAAGAUUUUGAGUGAAGAGGUUUAUAG